UGGAAACCCCUCCAAAGCAGGCUGAGUUUUUACUGGCCAGACAAAAGAACAAGAAGAAGAUGAGGAGCAUGUUCUUCAAUCAGUCAUUUGAAACAUGUGGAGCUGUCGACGUUUAUUUUCCUUGCUCUUGUGUUGGGCAAUGGUAUCCUUUGUCGUGGGGAUGACAACUCGGCAACGCACCAAGCGGGAUACCAUUUGUGCCUUGGGAGGAAUGGAAACGUGUACCCUCUUCUGUAAGAGCAUUGGCUACAAGGACGGAAAUUGCGCUUGGGGCACCGCUUCAAAAGCUUAUGAGUGUGAUUGUUCCAAGGAGCGACGAGGAAUCCGAUGCAAUCUGGGUGGCCCGAACACUUGCCACGUGAGUUGCGUUUUACUGGGGUUCCAAGGGGGUGAUUGUUCCUCGGAAUUUCAUUGCCAAUGCGGAGGAGGAAACAAUCGGUGGGGAAAUUUGAUUGAUAAUGUCAGAAAUCGCUUCUAAGUCUUGUUCCACAAAAUAUAUACGUACACCACCGAUUCGGUGGCGAAAA